UUUACAGGAAAAGGUUACAGGAAGUUACAGUGAUGUCACAAUAAGAAAACACAGAGGUGUACGAUAUAAUCUUGCAACAUAGUUUAUCAAGGCAAGCCAAUCACUCAAAGACUGCGGAGAAGAUGAUGAUUAUUUGGAUGUCUGUCAUGCUUCUAAGUGAAAUGUACUCAACACAUUCGGAGGUGGUUUCUCAACCGGAUCCAGUGAUGAUGGUCUCUGUUGGGGACAAUGUCACUCUGCGUUGCUUUUCUCUGAUAGAUCACAGUGAUCCAAUUACUUGGUACAAGCAAACUGCUGGACACCAACCACAAGCAGUUGCAAUGGUGCAGAAAUUAGUCAAAUAUCCUAUUUUGUUCAACAAUUUUGAAUCCUCACGUUUUAGCAUUGAGACAGACUUAGCAAGCAAAUGUCAUUUAAGGAUUUCAAAUGUUACUUCAUCUGAUGAAGCAAUGUAUUACUGUGGCUGGAGAAAGUAUGAAACUUAUUUUGCUGGAGGAACAUAUUUGGCUUUAAAAGGGUCACAAAACAAGCAAUAUAAAUCUGUGUCGGUUCUUCAGCAUCCCGUAUCAGAGCCAGUCCAGUCUGGAGACACAGUGACCCUGCUGUGCUCUGUGCUGUCUGAAUACAUCACAGCAGAUAUCAGAAUGUUCUGGUUCAGAUCUGAAUCAGGAAAAUCAGAAAUCCUCUACACUUAUAAUCAGAGUAAUUACUGUGAGACUGAUUCUGCCCAGAACUGCACGUUCAGUCUGUCCAAGAACAUAGUCAGCCAUAUGGACGCUGGCACUUAUUACUGUGCUGUGGUCACAUGUGGAAAAAUUCUGUUUGGGAAUGGGACAAACAUAAAUAUGGUAAAUCCAGUGGAUCCUCUGGUGAUUAUCUUGGCUGUGUUGUUGGGUGUUUGUGUGGUUGUGAUCACUGUACAAGCUAUUUUAAGUCAUAAAAAAGAAAGAUAUUACUGCAACAAAGAAAAAGAGCUAAAAGACACUGAAAACGAACACCCCACCAGUCAGGACCAUGAUGCAGUGGAACUGAGUUACGCUGCAUUGCAUUUUAAGGAGGGAAAAAACAGAAGAGUGCGAAGGAAGGGGGAAACACCUCAAGACAGUGUGUACAACCAAAUCAAUAACCUCACUGACCAUAGUAUAGUUGAGUACAAAAAUAUAUAACAUCUUUUAGACAGCAAAUUUAACUUGUGCUACACUUGCUUUUAUUGUAAUUCAUUAAUUAACUUGCAGCAUUACUGCAUCUAAUUUUGUAAAGUUUUGUACACACAACAUGUUUAAAUCCACACAACUGUGAUAAUUAAAACUUCAUAUUUUUAUUUCCCCCCAGAAU